UGUCUCUAACCCCUGCGUUACCUCAGCUAUGGCAGCUAUACUCGACAGACUCGGCCUGGGUAGCGGUAAGGAACCUGCUAUUUCUUCCGCCUCAGAACCUGUUCGUGCGCUGCCAGCCAAUUGGUACACGUCUCCUGAGAUGUACGAGCUUGAACGCCGUGCCAUCUUUUCCCGCAAGUGGCUUAUGGUGACCCAUUCCCUCCGCCUCAAGAAUACGGGCGACUUUCUCCGCUACCAGAUCGCUGGGUUCGACGUUGUUCUCUCACGAGAUCGUCAGGGCGAUAUCUCUGCCUUUCACAACGUCUGCAGGCACCGUGCCUAUCCCGUCAUCGAGCAGGACCAGGGAACUGCCAAGAUCUUUUCGUGUCGAUACCAUGGAUGGUCGUAUGGCCUCAACGGGAAACUGGCCAAGGCUCCGGGCUACCAAGAUCUUCCUGAUUUUGAUAAGCAACAGAAUGGUCUGUUCAAGAUUCAUGUUCGAACUGACGCCAACGGCUUUGUCUGGAUAAACCUCGAUGCUUCAGCAGAGCCAGAGGUCGCAUGGGAAUCAGAUUUUCAAGGCGUCGAUACGCAAGAACGCUUCAAGAGCUUCGAUUUCGGCAACUACGAAUUUGAUCAUACGUGGAAACUCGAUGCGGAGUACAACUGGAAGAUUGCCGCUGACAAUUACAACGAGUGCUAUCACUGCGCAACCACUCACCCUGAUGUCCCGGAGGUGGCCAACCUUGAGACCUACGAUGUGCAUCCGAAGGAUAAGCACAUUGACCACGAUGCAUCGCCUUCAGAAGAGCAGAUCAAGCAGGGCAUGCACAUUGCUAGUACAUACUAUUGGCCGAUCGCUUCUAUGACCGUCUCACCACACUUCUUCUUCAUGCAGAAGUUCUUACCCACUAGCGCAACGACCACGCAAGUCUACUACGAAGUUUUUCGAAACCGUUACUCGUCCGAAGAGGACUUUCAGCAAAUUAACAACAUGUUCAAACGUAUCAUGAACGAGGACAAGGUCCUCUGUAACCAGGCGCAGAAGAACCUCAACGCUGGGGUUUUUGUCAACGGUGAGCUCCACCCACGUAUGGAAAAGGGCCCACUGUACUUCCAGAAGAUGUGCAGAGAGGAGGUCGUUGGAUGGCACAGACGAGAACAGGCAGCGAAGCAGGAGAUCUGGCCUGCACGCCAGAAGUUGCCCAGCAGCGCUGAUGAAGCCAAUGACGAUGUAGACUUCUGCAAUGGGCUCUCAUGUUCAACGAGUAACGAAGCAUUGGUUUGGUAA